CGGUAGGUAAGGUACGCACUGUAGGCCAGCGCCCGUGCGCCAUGUGAUGAAAGCUGGAGGCGACUUGGCUCGAACCUCAACAGAAAUCACAUUCUCUCACUCCUCGGCAUAGCACCACCGCAUCUCGACCGACGCGAGUUGGAUGACGUGGCGGCGCCCCGACGCGCCUCCCAUGGAACCACUCGCAUCCGCCGCCACGACCCCAACCAUAACCACGGCCACGACCACCUUCGCGCGACCACCGCCGCCGCAUGAUGCUCCCGCGAAAGAGACAGCGCCCCAACCCGGCAGCCGUCAGCUCCGCCAGUCUGCCGACCACGGCCGUGUCGCCGCACAUUGCUACGUCACAGGCCGCGACCUCAGCUGCCUCGGAGCCGGGCCUCGGCCAGCACCGCGAGCCCCAUAUGCCGCACCCGCUGCCCUCGGACCCCAGCGCCGCGUCGAACCCGGAAGUUGGCCAUCAUAAUAAAGAGCUGCGCAAGGCAAAGAGCUGGUACGGAUCGUGGCCGCGCACCCCCAACAAGGCAUCUGCUUCGACAUCUGUCGCGAGAGAAAACAUUCUCGGAGGGACCGUCCGCUCCAGAGGAGCCCCCGACCUGAGUCGUUUCGAUCCCAAAAAGGGCGACGACACGGCGAGUCUGCGCAGCGCUCACGCCUCGUCACUCUCCAAGGUCCCCGAGGACGCGCCGCCAGAGUCCGCCACCUCCACCAACGCCCUCGCAGACGCAAACGACGAGCCGAAGCAGGAGGUUCAGUCCGAAUUGAAGCCCGCAGCGGCCGACAGACAAGACGGCAGUCGAGACCCGACUGAUCAGCAGACGACCGCCGUCACAGCAGCUCCGCAAAAAGCGGCGGCGGCGGCGGCAUCAUCUGGCAGUUGGCUUGGGUGGUGGUCAAGAACGCCCAACACAGCAUCAGACACCGAAAUGACAAAAUCACCCGCACCGCCCGACGAUGCGGCCGACGAGGCCAGACCGAGCACACCUCCCGUACAGACGGCGGCGGACCAGCCGUCCGCAGACCCUCCACAGAGCGAACCGCCGCCGCCAUCGUCAUCGUGGUUCGGGUUCCUGGGCGCCUCGAGCACCACCCCCUCGGUGAAGCAGGACCCGGCUUCCAAUACAGACGCGACAGCCAAGGAACCCGAGGACGUUGUCAUGGAAGACGCCCCUCCUCCACCGAAGCCGGAGGCUGAGCCGGCGCCGAAAGCCGGCUCGACCUGGGCGUUUUGGUCAAGAGACUCCCCCAACAAGGGCGGCAAGCAACCUGACCCAGAGUCCGGCGAGAUCGCCGUGAUGGGAGAAGGCUCCGAGGCACACCCCACGCCGAUGGCCGAGGGCGAUGUCUCGAGCCCGCCGGCUAAGCCUUCCAAGGCAGACGUCAAGGCCAGGGAGGGUAGGUCGACAUGGCGGCGCGGCAAGAGAGCCAGGCCCGCGUCCAUGGACACAGAGUCGCCGACGCCGACGCCCCCCAAUGGCUCCGUCGCAGACAAGGCCGCGGCAGAGCCUGCAGUACGUCCUCAGACGGAAACGAAGGCCGUAGCAAAGGUGGACGCAGCCAAGGCCGUUACCGCCGAACCCGAGUCGACGCCCAAGACCCCACCCAAUCUGCUCCUCCCGUCCUUCACCAGCACAUAUCAGAUGAAGGAGGACCCGUCCAUCCUGUCGCAGAUCAAGAGUUUCCUCCUGCGCACCUCGCAGCCGGCCGCGAACCACGUCUUCCGCGUCAAAGACCCGCCUAAGAUCCGUAAGGCCAUCGCCAUUGGCGUCCACGGCCUCUUCCCCGCGACGUACCUGCGGCCCAUGAUCGGGCAACCGACGGGCACGUCGCUGCGCUUCGCCAGCCUGUGCGCCGACGCGAUCCGGCGGUGGGCCGACGCGCACGGCUGCGGCGGCGAGGACUGUGAGAUCGAAAAGGUGGCGCUCGAGGGCGAGGGUCGCAUCAGCGACCGCGUCGACAACCUGUGGAAGCUGCUGCUCAACUGGAUCGAGCACAUACGCGCCGCCGACCUCAUCCUCAUCGCCUCCCACUCUCAGGGCGUUCCCGUCAGCGUCAUGCUGCUCGAGAAGCUCAUCGACCUCGGCAUCGUGACAAACGCCCGCAUCGGCGUCUGCGCCAUGGCCGGCGUCGCCCUCGGGCCCUUUCCCGACUACAAGUCUAGCAUCCUCAUGGGCUCGGCCGCGGAGCUGUGGGACUUUGGCAACCCGUUGAGCGUCAACUCGCAGCGCUUCGAGGCGGCCAUGCAGCGUGUCCUCGACUACGGCGCGCGCAUCACCUUUAUUGGGAGCAUCGACGACCAGCUCGUGCCCAUGGAGUCGGCCGUCUACUCUCCCGCCAGCCACCCCUACAUCUACCGCGCCGUCUUCAUCGAUGGGCGCGUCCACGCCCCAGAUUUCAUCGCCCAUCUCGUCGGCUUCGCCCUCAAGCUGCGCAACCUCGGCGUCUCGGACCACGGCCUCGUGCGUGAGCUCUCCGCCCCGCUCGCGGGCAGCCUCUACUCGGGCGAGGGCCACUCGCGCCUUUACUACGACGCCGCCGUUUACGACCUCGCCGUCGCCCACGCCCUCGAGACCACGUCCGUCGCGCCCGGCACCCCCUGCGAGAUGCGCCGCCCCGCCGCUGCAGCAGCAGCUGCCGCUGUCUCGUCUUCUUCGUCGUCGUCGGUCAAGGGCGGCGCGGGUGCGCCAGCUACGGCAGCAAGCGGAGGAGCAGGCAGUCUAGGCAGCAACGCGGCCACGGCCCCCCUCCUCGCCAGCCCGAACCCGUACGUCCUGCCGUGGAUCAUGCGCGGCGUCCUCGAGGAGGACUUUGUGCGCACCGAGCUGCACGCCGAGACGGAGGAGCUGUUGCGCAAGUUUGACGACUGGCGGCCCGCCAACAAGGCCCUCAAGGACGUCAAGUACCGCCUUGAGGCGGUGCGCUCCAAGCUGUGAGCCGGGGGCGCAUCGUCUCUCCCUCUCUCCUCUGUGCCUCCCCCCCCUUUCGCCGAUCAACAUCCAUCUCCUGUCCUCUUUACCCUCCGCAUUUCCACCUCACCAUACCUCCCCACCACCUCCGCAACCACUCCCAUCUACUAUCUUGUACGGCCAAGGGGGAAGGGAAGGCGUAUACGCAGUGGCGGCGUAGGCGCGUCAUCAUCAUAUCAUCAUCGUGGUCCACGCGAAUCUAAAAGGAGGCAACAAUUGUUGUUUUGUUUUUUCUGGUGUGAUUUGGGUCGAGGAAUGUCUGGUGUUGGGAUUACAUACACACACAAUCAGCGAGCGAUGAUGUUUAGAAUACCUUAUAGAGAGCAAUACACACACACACACACACAC